GCAAAAGGUCCGGGAUAACCGAAAACAUUGAAACUGGGUUCAAAAUGCCUGUAUUUUCAAAAAUUGCAAGUUUUUCUCAAUUUAGAAGUCUUUUGAAGACACCAACAGGAGCAAAUGUAGUUAAUACAGUUGUUCGCGGAAUGAGUGACCAUGGUCCACGAACCAUUCCAAUGGUUCCUACUCGAUUUCAAUGGCACAAAUUCAAGGAUAUGCUCCAUUACUAUCUAAUGGUUGGUGCGAUUCCUGUGACACUUUUGAUCUUAUACACCAACAUCUUUAUUGGACCAGCCCAAUUGACAGAAAUUCCUGAAGAUUAUGUUCCAAAACAUUGGGAAUACCAUAGGCAUCCAAUCACACGUUUUAUGGCUCGACAUUUUUAUGCAUCGCCUCAACAAGAUUACGAAAAGAUGUUACAUUUGCUCGCUGAUGAACAAGAAAAGAUGAAAGUUAGACAAUUGGAAAAAGAUAUUCACGCGAAAAUGGCAGACCGUAAAGAUUAUCAAGCAUAUUAUUAUCGACCUGCUCUUGCUAAAUAUCACAGAGUUGCUAAGAAAGCUGCUGAGGAUUUGGAAGCACUGGCAGGUGAUAACUAAAUUUACUUUCGUCCACAGUGUGGUCUGAAAAGUUUUGUAGAAUAUUGAAAUCAAAAGAAAUAAAUUAAUGUAAACAAUUUAAAAAAUGUUUCAUCAAAAAUGUUUCAUCUUAAAAUGUUAAGAUAU